AGCUUUUCUGCAACCAUGUCUGACAAACCCGAUAUGGCCGAGACUGAGAAAUUCUAUAGGUCGAAGUUGAAGAAGCCUGAAACGCAAAAGAACCCGCUGCCUUCUAAAGAAGAAAUUGAACAGGAGAAACCAGCUGGCGAAUCGUAAAGAGCGGACGCCGCCGAAAUGCACUGUACAUCCCACGAGCAUUGCCUUCUUAUUUUACUUUUAGCUGUUUAACUUGGUUAAGAUGCAACGAGGUCGGAUAAAGUUUAAAAGUGAAAUGACUGUGCUGCCCCAUUUCACAUUUUAAGAUUUGAGAACUACUGACAAUGAGGCGCCUUGCCUCCCCCAUCUGUUUGGUUGGAAGGGAACAAACUUGCAUGUAUAUUGGGGGAU